UUGCUAAAAGUUCACAAUGAGCUGGGCAAGACAAAGAUCACAACCCUUCCUAAUGGUGCCAAAAUUGCCUCUGAAACAACACCUAGCCCAGUUGCAUCCAUAGGACUGUAUGUUGACUGUGGUUCAAUAUAUGAGACCCCAUUGUCAUUUGGUGCUACUCAUCUUUUAGAAAGAAUGUCAUUCAAAAUCACAAGAAAUAGGAGUCAGUUGCGAAUGGUACGUGAAAUAGAAGCCAUAGGCGAAAGUGCUAAAGCAUCAGCUUCUCGUGAACAGAUGGGUUACACUUACGAUGCUCUGAAAUUGUACACGCCUCAAAUGGUUGAGGUGCUUAUAGAUAGUGUCAGGAAUGCUGUUUUCCUUGAUUGGGGAACACUAUCACAGCUUAAGAAAUUGAAGACAGAGCUAGGAGAGCUCUCUAGCAAUCCUCAGGGUUUGCUUUUAGAGGCUGUUCAUUCAGCAGGAUAUUCUGGUGCCUUGGCAAAUCCUUUAAUUGCUCCAGAUUCUGCAAUAAGCCAUUUAAAUGGGACCAUAUUGGAGGGGUUUGCUUAUGAGAACUAUACUACUCCUAGGAUAGUACUUGCAGCCUCAGGUGUGGAACACGAGGAAUUGGUAUCACUGGCUGAACCACUUUUAUCUGAUCUUCCAAAAGUGCCACGUCCACAAGAGCCAAAAUCUAUCUAUGUUGGAGGAGAGUAUAGAUGUCAAUCUGAUAUGCCGAGCACUCAUAUUGCACUUGCAUUUGAAAUUCCUGGAGGUUGGCAUCAAGAGAAGGAAGCAAUGGCAGCAACCGUUCUUCAGGUGCUUAUGGGAGGUGGUGGAUCAUUCUCUGCUGGUGGACCUGGUAAAGGCAUGCAUUCUCGGUUAUGCCAACUGUUCAAUCUGUUCAAAGCUUACAAAGAUCCUAGGCAAAAUCCAAUUGCUUAAUCCUGUAAUAGAUUGAGAAAGACAAGCUACUUCUUCAGUAUUGUGGUAGUAAUUAC